UUCACUCAAUCGGCGUGUGUUUGUGGGGACGGGUAGUUGGAGUAAGGAGUCGCCGGGCGGUAGCGCAUCUCAAACGCCUUUUAGGAGAGAAACGCAGGUGAAAAUUGCACCACAGGCUGAAGAAACCAUCCCCAGUGACGACUUCAGGGAAAUUAUUCAACGCAACGACUGCGCCACACGCUCAUCAACAAACGCAACCGGGCUAUCAAAUGCUAGCCAGCUAGCAUCCCUGAAAACUGACGGGAUCAAGGUGUUGAUAGCUACUAGCCUCCCAGCUAAUUAUCCAUCAGUUAGCAACCUCCAGUGGUAGCAUUACUAGCUUGCUUUUCCUCCUCGCGCACGUUGAGACCUCACCAGUGCUCGUGGCGGUGCCUUACAGCUCGCGAGCUCCAAAUUCCACAUUCAGACAAAACAGACAACGGAGCUUCAAACGAGCUGCUGCUGGAGACAGCGUCUGCGUUGCAUUAGUUGACACCAUCACACCCAUCUCCCCAACCCCUUCUCCUCUGCCCCUCUCCCUCCACCCGAAACGCUGGAAAUCCACAAGCGGCCGGAGAGCGGCGAAGGGCCGGCGAAGCUGGGGGUGGUAACGCUACCGGACCCGCACGGAGUCGUAACGGCUACAGACAAACUCAGCCGUGGGGAUCUACCGCCAGCUAUGGACGGACUGGCCGUGGAAGUUCGCGGCUCGAAUGGGGCCUUCUACAAGGGUUACAUCAAAGAUGUCCAUGACGACUCCCUCACAAUUGUCUUCGAAAACAACUGGCAGCCAGAGAGACAGUUGCCCUUCAGCGACGUGCGGUUGCCUCCUCCAGCUGACUACCACAAGGAUAUCAGUGAAGGAGAGGAGGUAGAGGUUUACUCCAGGGCCAACGAACAGGAGCCAUGCGGCUGGUGGCUGGCCCGGGUCAGAAUGAUGAAGGGAGAGUUCUACGUGAUCGAAUACGCAGCAUGCGACGCUACAUACAACGAGAUUGUCACAGCUGAGCGCAUCAGGCCCCUUAACCCCAACAGCCCUUCGUCUCGAAACUCCUUCCAUAAAGUCCCAAUCCCAGUCCCAGAAGACCUGAGGGACAUCUGUGCAAAUGACAACAUUCACAAAGACUUCAGGAAAGCAAUCGGAGCCAACUGCAUCUUCUACAGUGCCCAAACACAUGAACUCAUUGUGCUGUCUACAAAUGAAACUACAGUAAAGCGUGCAACUCUCCUGAGCGACAUGCACUUCCGCAGCAUCCGAACCAAGCUCAUGCUAAUGUCCCGUAACGAAGAAGCCACCAAACAUUUGGAGACAAGUAAGCAGUUAGCCUCAGCGUACCAGGAGGUGGUGAAGGUCAGGGAGGACCUGAUGGGCCUCGCCAUCGGCUCCCACGGUGCCAACAUCCAGCAGGCGAGGAAGGUGCCUGGUGUCACGGCCAUCGAGCUGGAGGAGGAGAGCUGCACAUUCAGGAUCUACGGAGAGACCCCAGAGGCAGUGAAGCAGGCUAGAGAGUAUCUUGAGUUCAAAGAAGACUACUUUCAGGUACCCAGGAACCUUGUAGGCAAAGUGAUCGGCAAGAGCGGCAAAGUCAUCCAGGAAAUCGUGGACAAGUCGGGCGUGGUCCGUGUCCGGAUCGAGGGAGACAACGACAAAAAGCUUCCCCGGGAGGAGGUAGGCAGGCAGGGGGCAGGCAGGGACGACACUGCCAGCAGCAAAGAGGGAAUGGUUCCCUUCGUGUUCGUGGGGACUAAAGAGAACAUCAGCAAUGCCCAGGCUCUGUUGGAGUACCAUGUUUCCUAUCUCCAGGAAGUGGAGCAGUUGCGCAUGGAGCGCCUCCAGAUUGAUGAGCAGCUCCGUCAGAUUGGAGUCGGGUACCGCGCGGCUCCCAGUCGAACCAGUGGCCCUGGUGCUGACCGGGAGAAGGGCUACUUGACGGACGAGAGCAGCAACUCACUCCACACCUCUCGCACUUAUGGAGGCCGUGGCCGAGGCCGCAGAACCUCCAACACCCAGUACUCCGGAUAUGGCACAAACUCUGAACUGUCUAAUGCGUCUGAGUCGGAGGAUGUGAUUGAUAGAGACCAGCGGCCCAGAGGCAUAGGUGGAGACGAGAGAGGCUCACGACGGGGUGGCAGGGGCCGAGGAUCUAACUCAGGACGAGGCCGUGGAGGGCCCGGGUCAAAGCCUUCCAACUCCAUCAGCUCAGUGCUGAAAGACCCGGACAGUAACCCGUACUCUCUGCUGGAGGGCGAGGGUGAGCUGGCUGACGCAGACAUGAAUGAGAGCAUGGGAGGAGACCGCCGCAGACGCUCCAGGCGCCGCCGCAACGACCAGGAGCCCAGCGUGAUGGAUGCUGCUGCAGAGUCCGACAGCCAGGCUGGACCCAGUGAGAACGGACUGGAUGAGGAAGCCCGACCUCAGCGUCGCAACCGGAGUCGCCGCCGCCGCAACCGUGGAAACCGCCCUGAGGGAGGUUCCACCAGCCGUGACAGACAGACAAAUGACAGUGUGACUGUUGCUGACUACAUUUCUCGUGCUGAGUCCCAGAGCAGACAGAAUCUGCCUCAAAAGGAAAACCAUGCUGGCCCCGAGCCCAAGGAGAACGGGACCAGUGCCCCGAAGCCGGAGCGAACGCCCUCCAAGCGUUCCCCAAGCAAAGGCGUGACCUCGCCCGGCGAGACCCUGACCUUGGUCAACGGGGUCUCGUAAAGAGCCGGCCGUGCCCCUCGCGAACCCAAGUCUAGAGCAAGACUCCAUGGCAAACUCUGUCCCUGCUUGCAUUAACUUAAACCUUAAACAGAUGAGUGAAAAGUACCUGACAAAAUACCUGAAUUCAUACUAUGAGAGUGAAAAAGUACAAAAAAACGACAAACGCAUCUACUUAAAAACACACGUUAACGGUGUAUGCUAUCCUAUCUAUCAGUACUUAGUGCUUAUUUAAAAAACAACUAGCUUGCCAAAAAAGAGCUGGUGGAUAUGACUUGAUUUUUAAAAUACUGAAAUACGAGAAACAGGACAAGACUUUUUUUUGUUGUUUUUCAAACGGUUGUCUUUAUUUGUGUCUUUUUUUUUUUUUAUGUUGAUUUUGUUCAUUGUUUAUCACUGGUUUGGACUUGGCGGUCGCUCUCUCAACCAAAACAGACGCGUCUCUUAACAGUGUUACAGUGCAGACAAGAGAGAUGUAAGCUGUAGGGGAGUGGCGCUCGAGCAGACAGUCCAAUCGUUAUACGACGCGAUGUUCGCACACUGUACCGGAGUGGAGACAGAUUGGAUUAUUGAUAAGACAUUGUGCCUUGAAUUUGAAAUAAUAAAUAAAAAAACAUGAGUUUUCCAUUAAGUUUGUUUUUGUUUCCUGAGAGGAAGAAAAGAAGGAGAGAUGUUCUUCUGGGUUUAACUUUAUUUUGGUUCCAAGAAGAUCUGUGAGGGAGUGAUGAGAUUUAGAGAAAAAAAAAACAGAUAGGAGGAAGAGAGAAGUGGCUGGCCAACAUGAAGGAACGCGAGGAAACAAAAGUGGUGCCAAACACAGAAAUUCAAGGCGCUUGUCCUCAUUCCGAGUAGAGUAGACGGCGUCAGGGUCAGUGCGUGCGUGAUGGCGUACGUGUGAUGGUGUGAGAUUUGGCAACCACAAAAGUAAACAAGGUGAAGUGAGGUAACAAAAACACAACACAGCCCUGGGCGGGGCACAGUCACAGGCCUGAUAAAAACGGUUCUUUGAGGGUCCAGGGUGGCGCCCACGCAGCCUUGUUAACCAGGACGGGCUGAGACCAGACAGAGACGGCAGACUUGAACUCUUAGACUUAAAGGAGAACUAAACCGUGCCUCUUUCUCCGUCAGAGGGGGCGGCGGUGCUAGCUUCCAGCCACACUAGUGUCUUGAUAAACCACUGCAGCGCGCAGCUCCGGAUGCACACGAGGGCGACCACCUUUCUGGGACGGGGUGCUGCUAGUGGGGGGGAGGGGGCCUGGGGAAUGGGACAGCUUCAAAUGACAUGAGAGCCACGACACGACACACAGGCCCACACUUACAGGUACUCACAAACACACCAGGGUGCGCGCAGUGGUCGCCCGCGUGGCGCACGGUAGACGACCGCAACAAGAAACUGCAAACAAGCCGAGCGUCCGUCUCGUACCUGGCAGUCUGGGCUGCAAAGAAAAAAAAAAAAAAAAAAAAAAAAAAAAAAGGAGUAAUAGGGGAGAGGGACUCGAAAAAGAACUCAGUGGCUCUCUGCUCAUGUUGUUACUGUUGUCUUGGUUACCGCUCUCAAGUUCUUUUUGUUGCUAUUUCCACAUCUUAGAAAAUAUGAAAUAAAAAACUGAAGUGAAAUCAACCUCUUCUCUGGAGAUGAUUUCUCUGUCUCGUGAGUUUGCAGUCUAUUUUUCUAACUCUGCAUGGCAUUUAGUUAACGAGUAGACAGUGGUGCCUGUCCUGUGCAUGAGGAACAAAGGGUGUUAUUAAUCUGACUUACAAAGCCAUUGUUUCAUCCACUAGAAUUGCUGCUAAUGUACACAUUGAAUGUCCAACUAACGUAGAAACUCUACCUUAAAGAGAGGAACUAUUUGUGACUUUAAAAGACAAAAAAUUCUCCUUCCUCUUGCUCAUCUGCCCUGAAAGUUUCUCCAGUUGGAUACGAGUCAGGAAGGGGCUCAUUCCUUUGCUCACAAGUCUCUAAAAGUAUUAAACUACAACAUUUGUGCAUGACAAGCAAGCGUCCACAUGACCAAAGGUUUUGAGAGACAGAUGAUGGGAAAUGUGGUUGAAUGGAAGAUGACCCAGAUGCUGCUCUUAUACAGUUCUGCUCACCUUGUAUGUUGUGUUUUUAAGGAUGAACGAGCACUUCUCGAGUAUUUGUACCUCGGUUAAGCUGCAUGUGUGUGACUGGAGGUUUGUGUUUACCUUUAUACCUCAUUGUGUGAGUACUGUAUUUUCCUUAUGUACCUGUAUCCCUCCUGUCUGUUGGAAGACUGCUGGCUGCUCUGUGUUUGAGUGUGUGCGUGUUUGUGUGCGUCGGUGUGGAUGCUGGUUGUACAGUUGACUCCUCACUCUGUCAGAUUUUGUCUCUGGUUUUCUCACUCAUGUUCUGAUGGCAAUAAAGGACUUUUCAUUGUUUGGUA